AUGGAUGGGCAUUUCAUUUUGGUUUCAGUUCUGCUCUCGCCUCUACUUACAUUUUUGGUUUCUGGUCAAGUGUUUUGGAGCGUAAAUUGUGGGGCAUCAGACUUCUACGUUGAUGGUAACGCAAUAUCUUGGAUGCCGGACACAACUCUAGUCUCAAAUGGGGUUGCUCAAGUGGUUCAAUCAAGUAACUCGAUAUCUACGGUGCUAGACACCCUCAGGGUUUUCACCAGUCGUAAAAAGAACUGUUAUUCUAACCCGGUUACAAGAGGGGAAAAGUUGCUAGUCAGAGCAAGUUUUAAUUAUGGAAACUACGACCGAUUAUCAAGUCCUCCAACAUUUGAUCUCCACUUUGAUGGCAACUUUUGGACAACUGUCAAGACUACGAAUAGCGGGCUACAAAUGUACGAAGCCACUUAUGUUGCAAAAGGAGACACCGUUAGCGUGUGUGUGGCUCAAACAAAGUCCGGUCAAUUCCCUUUUAUGUCAGCUCUUGAAGUUCGUAGUGUCGACUCAAACGUUUAUAAAGUAGUGGAUGAGAGUCGAGCUUUGUUCCUGCUUAGCAGGUUUUCUUAUGGUGCAAGUGGAAUCUUAAGAUUCCCCCAAGAUCGUUAUGACCGAAUAUGGAUACCCGCCCUUGCUGGAACCAAGAAGCUCACAAACAAUGCAAUUUUUAUAGACCCAACAGGAACCAAUAAUCCCCCAUCGGGAAUAUUUGAAAACGCAAUCACGGUAGAUAGCACAGCCGAUAUAUUACUUUUGGGCACAGUUUCCCCAUCGAAAAUUCCAGUCUAUAUAACAACUUACUUCUCAGAAGUUACCAACCUCGACAUUACCGGUGAAAAGAGGUCAUUUCAAUUUUACGAGACAACGGCUUUAAAAAGUGUUUCAAUGUCGGAUCCAGUUUUACCACCUUAUGGGAGCAUGACUGUACGCUACCUUUAUAAUUAUACCGUCUAUUCCAUCACCAACAUUUCUUUAAUGUCUACUAUGAAUUCUGAUCUCCCCCCUCUCAUAAACGCUAUUGAGGCUUUCAAUGUUAGUGAAGUUUUAACCGAUGGAACCCAUAGCAAUGAUGUCGGGGGUUUAGCUUUGUUACAAAAAGCAUUCAGCGUGUUGGGAGAAUGGAGCGGUGACCCGUGCCUUCCCGCACCGUAUUCAUGGGAUUGGCUCAAUUGUAGUAACAGCACACCACCUCGCGUAACGUCAUUGUUUCUUGAUGGCUUCGAGCUUUCGGGUUCCCUUCCGGACCUUAGAUAUAUGGAUGCUCUCGAGAUAAUUGAUUUGCACAAUAAUAGCUUGACUGGAACAAUUCCUGGUUUCCUUGGCACCAUGCCUAAUCUCCAACAAUUGAAUUUGGCAGAUAAUCAGUUUAGUGGACCCAUACCCACUUCAUUAUCGAAUAACAACAAAUUGAAGUUGACUGUUACCGGAAAUCCUUCUGUGUGUGCAUCUGGUGAGUCAUGCUCGAGUUCUCCGGGGAGCACCACCAACGUAUCUGGCAGCAAGAAAAAGAAAAACAGCAAGCUUCCGGUAAUACUCGGCACCACAAUCCCGGCGUUCUUUCUCAUCUGGGUUGCCGUUGGUAUUGUUAUCAUUAUUAAGAAGAAAAACAAGCUAGCAACCAAUGCCAAUCUGCCAUCUGCUACAGUCAGUGGAGCAAAUGAGAAUUCCGGUGGUGGAGCAAACGGGGAUUCCACCAUAGUGCAUAAUACCGGUGAAGAAAUAAUAAAUGAGAACGAUAUUGUAGUAGUGCAAUAGACUUUUGGAUCAGCUUCACCAUUACUUGAUAAUUCUGGCCAAACUACUCGAUAUGG